GUGCGGGCCUAGGUCACGUGCUGGGGGGUAGCGGGAAGGCGACGGUCCUUCUUGGCUGCCCGUCCGCCAUGUUUUCGGGCCGGGUCAGCCUUGGUCUUUCCCCGUAAGGAAAUGGCCGAGAGGUUUCAGGGAGCCCGGGCUGACGAGACAGGGCGGCCCGUGACCCGGAGCUGUGCGCAGGGGGGAGGGGGGGCGCGGCCAUGGCGUCCGGCAGUAACUGGCUGUCGGGGGUGAAUGUCGUGCUGGUGAUGGCCUACGGGAGCCUGGUGUUCGUGCUGCUGUUCAUCUUCGUCAAGAGGCAGAUCAUGCGCUUCGCCAUGAAGUCGCGGAGGGGCCCUCAUGUCCCUGUGGGGCACAACGCCCCCAAGGACUUGAAAGAGGAAAUUGAUAUCCGGCUGUCCAGGGUUCAAGAUAUCAAGUAUGAGCCUCAGCUCCUUGCAGAUGGUGAUGCAAGACUGCUACGGCUAGAAACCCAGGGAAAUCAGAAUUGCUACAACUAUCUCUACAGGAUGAAAGCUCUGGAUGCCAUCCGUGCCUCCGAGAUACCAUUUCACGCUGAAGGCAGGCAUCCCCGUUCCUUACUGGGCAAGAAUUUCCGCUCCUACCUGCUAGAUCUUCGGAACACUAGUACCCCUUUUAAGGGCGUGCGCAAGGCCCUCAUUGAUACCUUGCUGGAUGGCUAUGAGACGGCACGCUAUGGGACAGGGGUCUUUGGCCAGAGUGAGUACCUGCGCUACCAGGAGGCCCUGAGCGAGCUGGCUACUGUGGUCAAAGCGCGAAGUGGGAGUUCGCAACGACAGCACCAGUCCGCGGCCAAAGACUUGACCCAGUCCCCUGAAGUCUCGCCGGCGACCAUCCAGGUGACAUACCUCCCCUCCAGUCAGAAGAGUAAACGUGCCAAGCACUUCCUUGAACUGAAGAGCUUUAAAGACAACUAUAACACACUGGAAAGUACUCUGUGAUGGGCUGCUGCUGCCGCCCCGCCACUGGGGCCCGUGGCCUCGUCCUGUGGCUGGUGGGCCCAGGUCUGCUGACCUGCUACAGUGUCCAGAGCUCUUAGGGUUCAUGCCUGGAGGAUCAUUCUCCAGCUGGUUCUUAGAGCCCAUUUCAGGAAAUCAAGACUUUAUUUUCUCUUGAUAGCACUUUUUUCCGGAGUUGAAUUCAGAUGUUUUUCUAAUGUUUCCAUCAAUGUUUUCUUAAAGAUCUUCACUUGGUUUUUAUUAUAGUUCAUCUGUUUUUUUCUCCUUUUCCAAACUAUAAAUAAUCCUAAGAGUGAGAGUUGGGAUGCUGGGGCCUGGUGUCUUCCAUGUCUGUCCCUUUCUACAUAUUUUAAUGGGGACCAUUUGGGUUUGAGACAUCUUAAGAGGCAGUUGGUAGAAAGAUUAACAUGACUUCCCUGAUAUGCAAGGCUCUGCCUUUGGGCUUUCUUUCCAUACUGUCUUGAAUAAAGGGAACGCUGGAGCCUGACAUAAUCCCAUCCCCCUAUACUUCCUGGGGAUGCUGUGGGACAGGGAAGAAAUGUCAGACCAAUGCACUGGUCUGACAUUCUAGAUUAUUUAAUAAAAUGAACAAUUUAAAAAGUA